AAGCACUAACCAUUGCAUCUAUCUCCUUGCAACUCAUAACGGGAAAUAAAGCAUAUCACAAGACAAAACAUAACCAGCGCCAUGGAUGCUGUGAAGCAUACCUUGAAAGUGCUUCCAUGGCUCCUGCUCUUCGCACAACUGGCUGUUGCCAGCACCUCCAAUUGCACAAAUGCAGCAGAAGGAACUACGACUGACAAGCGAGGUGCAAUGAAGCUGAAGCUGAUCGCAAUUGCAUCCAUCCUAACAACUGGAGCAGCUGGCGUGCUGGUGCCGGUGCUUGGCCGCUCCAUGGCUGCGCUAAACCCUGAUGGUGACAUCUUUUUUGCGGUCAAGGCAUUUGCAGCUGGGGUCAUCCUUGCCACCGGCAUGGUCCACAUUCUACCAGCAGCCUUUGAUGGGCUGAAAUCUCCAUGCCUCUACAAAGGUGGCAGUGAUGGUAAUAUUUUCCCUUUCGCGGGCCUCAUAGCGAUGUCAGCUGCAAUGGCCACAAUGGUGAUAGACUCACUGGCUGCUGGAUACUACCGCCGGUCUCACUUCAAGAAGGCACGCCCAAUCGACGACCUAGACAUACAUGAGCAACCUGGAGACGAGGAGAGGACUGGGCAUGCAGAACAUGUGCAUGUGCACACCCAUGCAACACAUGGGCAUUCGCAUGGGGAGGCGGAUGUCAUAAGUUCACCUGAGGAGGCCUCAAUGGCUGACAUGAUCCGGCACAGGGUGGUAUCUCAGGUCCUUGAGCUUGGAAUUUUGGUGCAUUCAGUGAUUAUUGGGGUGUCCUUGGGUGCAUCUGUGAGGUCAUCCACCAUCAGGCCUCUUGUCGGUGCCCUUAGCUUUCAUCAAUUCUUUGAAGGCAUAGGCUUGGGUGGUUCGAUUGUGCAGGCAAAUUUCAAGUUAAGGGCAACCGUCAUGAUGGCAAUUUUUUUCUCCCUAACUGCACCCAUGGGCAUUGCAUUAGGGAUUGCAAUAUCAUCUAGCUACAAUGGCCAUAGCGCUACUGCCUUCGUUGUCGAAGGAGUUUUCAACUCAGCCUCAGCAGGAAUUUUGAUCUACAUGUCAUUAGUUGAUCUUCUGGCCACAGAUUUCAACAACCCAAAACUACAGACGAAUACAAAGCUUCAGCUGAUGACAUAUCUUGCACUUUUCUUAGGUGCAGGGAUGAUGUCUAUGCUUGCCAUAUGGGCAUAGCCGCAUAGAUCUACAGACCAUCAGAGAAUGGUGUUUCCAUCAGUAUUCCCUGCUCAGUUGUAGGCAUGAUUGUAUUUAUCCAAGAGUUCUCCAUUUUCUCAUAACAAGAUGCUCUUGGAGAAGGAUUUAACGUAUUAAUCCACGAGUUUUCCAUGUUCGAAUACAAUAUAGCCUCAUAUGGUAUUUUUGUACAUCAUAAUGUGCGAUUACAUGAUUAGUUAGCCACUUAACUUUGUCUUAUAUCCUAAAAGCCAUGUAAGUCA